CACUGGAUCCCUGGCCAGCGCGCAGCCUUCCCAGCACCGGCAAGCAGUGUCUUGGGAAUUCUCACUUGCUUCGGCUCAUUCUCUUUCACAAAAACCACUGGAUCUUACAUGCUUCUGUAAUCCCCACUUCCACUCCAUGUCCCCAUGAUCCUGUACCAGCAACAGGACAAGUUCUCUGGAUGUCAGCUGAGUUACUAAGGUAACUUUGCUGGUCAAAAGAACCCCAAGGUUCUUGGAAGCAUCCAUCUCUCCUCAUUAAUAAAUAUAUAUAUAUAAAUAAUAUAUAUAUAAUUUUUUUGGUGUGUCUUCACCGAACAUUCAAAACUGUUUCUUCAAAGGGUUUUGCAAAAACUCAGACUGUUUUCUAAAGCAGAAACACUGGCGUCCCCAGCGGAAGCAAUGGGCAGUGUGCGAACCAACCGCUACAGCAUCGUCUCUUCGGAGGAAGAUGGCAUGAAGCUGGCCACUAUGGCAGUUGCCAAUGGCUUUGGGAAUGGCAAGAGUAAAGUCCAUACCCGACAACAGUGCAGGAGCCGCUUUGUGAAGAAAGAUGGGCAUUGCAAUGUUCAGUUUAUCAACGUGGGUGAGAAGGGACAGAGGUACCUGGCAGACAUCUUUACUACCUGUGUCGACAUCCGCUGGAGGUGGAUGCUGGUUAUCUUCUGUCUUGCAUUCGUGCUCUCCUGGUUGUUCUUUGGCUGUGUGUUUUGGUUGAUAGCUCUGCUCCACGGGGAUCUGGAUACUUCUAAAGCGAGCAAAGCAUGUGUGUCUGAGGUCAACAGCUUCACGGCUGCCUUUCUCUUCUCCAUCGAGACCCAGACAACCAUUGGCUAUGGUUUCAGGUGUGUGACAGACGAGUGUCCAAUUGCUGUCUUCAUGGUGGUAUUCCAGUCAAUCGUAGGCUGCAUCAUUGACGCCUUCAUCAUUGGCGCAGUCAUGGCGAAGAUGGCAAAGCCAAAGAAGAGAAAUGAGACUCUUGUCUUCAGUCACAAUGCUGUGAUUGCCAUGAGGGAUGGCAAACUCUGUUUGAUGUGGAGAGUGGGUAACCUUCGAAAGAGCCACCUUGUGGAAGCUCAUGUCCGGGCACAGCUUCUCAAAUCUAGGAUCACUUCAGAAGGGGAAUAUAUCCCUUUGGACCAGAUAGACAUCAAUGUUGGUUUUGAUAGUGGAAUUGACCGCAUAUUUCUAGUGUCCCCCAUCACUAUCGUUCACGAAAUAGAUGAAGACAGCCCUUUAUAUGACUUGAGUAAGCAGGACAUUGACAAUGCAGACUUUGAAAUUGUUGUCAUACUGGAAGGCAUGGUGGAGGCCACCGCCAUGACAACUCAAUGCCGGAGUUCGUAUCUGGCCAAUGAAAUUCUCUGGGGUCACCGCUAUGAGCCAGUGCUCUUUGAAGAGAAACACUACUAUAAAGUAGACUAUUCAAGAUUCCAUAAGACUUACGAAGUACCUAACACCCCCCUUUGUAGUGCCAGAGACUUAGCAGAGAAGAAAUACAUCCUUUCAAAUGCAAAUUCAUUUUGCUAUGAAAAUGAAGUUGCCCUAACAAGCAAAGAAGAGGAGGAUAGUGAGAACGGAGUUCCAGAGAGCACAAGUACAGACUCACCUCCUGGCAUAGAUCUCCACAACCAGGCAAGCGUACCUCUAGAGCCCAGGCCCUUAAGGCGAGAAUCGGAGAUAUGACUGGCUGAUUCCGUCUUUGGAAUACUUACUUUGCUACACAGCCUGAUGUUGGUCAGAGGUCCGAGACAGUUAUACAGACCAUGGUACCGGUCAAGAGGUGGGUGAAGGCAAGCAGCCACAAGAGACUAAGGCUAGCACAAAGGUUCAAAGGAAAGACUAAGCUGGAUGACUGAUGUAAAGUGCUUUGCAGGCCUCCAAGAGACAUGAUGGCACAUAUCUGUUGUAGUAUAAGUUAUGGGGUUUUUAAUGUAUUGUUUUGUGUUUUUACAAAACUUGAAUAUGCAGGCAAGCCUCCGUUUGGGUACAUGACUUACCUGGAAUGCUUCUCUUUAGGGGAACAAGAGUGAUUUUAAUGGCAUAACAUAGGCAAGACUCUGCCUUAAUAUUUUGAAAAGCUGCUAACUACAUGAACACAAACUGUAUUUUUGUUUUGCAGUGUAGUUUAUCUUUUACAUAACGUUAAGACGUCAGUGUUGAGCAUUGUUGAAAGCGCACAGUGUGCUUUAAAGCAUCAAGUAUUUGGCUAUUAACUGCCAAAAAUGAAAGCCUGAUUUUCUGAGGCCAGUAAUUUGUUUGCUAAAAAUUGAUCUCUCUGUCUACCUGUCAGUCUCUCUCUGUCUCUCUCUGUCUCUGUCUCUCUCUCUGUCUCUCUCUCAUUACAUAAUAGCAUUAUAUAACACUAGCCAAAUGAUAGCCUCUGGGUUUUAUACUUUUCUUUUCCACAAUGCUAAUAGGUUAUCUCAAACUUUCAGUUAGACGACCUUAAAUGAAUACCAAAGAUAAUGCACAUUGUUUUUUUGUUUUUGUUUUUGUUUUGUUUUGUUUUUUGUUUUUUGUUUUUUGCACAUGGAGGUUAUAUUUUUUAAAAGACACAAAGCUCCUCCACGGAUUGUCUUGGAAAUCCAGAGACACCAUCUUUGAACUUCAGCAGAGUGUGAAGCAGUCCGUUCAUUUUUGCACUAUAGUCUGAAAAGAACACCAAAGUCUGGUUAAUGUAGUGUGAUUUCGAGUCUGUUCUUUUGUGCUUCUUUCUUAUUUUGAGGGGAGGAGGGAAGCAUAGGUCACAGUUACAUAUGCACUAUAACCAAUAUUUUUUCUUUCCCUGAUAGGUAGCACUGGUCAGGAUAAUGUACUCAAAGUGGGGUGGGGGAGAGAGAGAAAGAGAGAGAGAGAGAGACUUGGAUUUUUCUGGCCUUUUCUCUCUUAGCACAUUCCAAUGUUUGUUCCAUAAGAUCAGAUCUUGGUUGAACUUUGUUGGUAACCUGGCACUUUCCAAACUGUCACCCAGCAGGGAAGAUGAACAGAUUUCAAAUUUUGCAGCUGAGUCAUAGCCUUGACUGCCAGGGCAUUUCUAGCUCCGUGUCACAUUAAGAUGUCUGGCCUCUAGGCUUGUCCUUCUAAGGUCUCUGCAGAGAGAGAGAGAGAGAGAGAGAGAGAGAGAGAGAGAGAGAGAGAGAGANAGAGAGAGAGAGAGAGAGAGAGAGAGAGAGAGAGAGAGAGAGAGAGAGAGAGAGUUCAAUGCAGCAAUCCACUUUACAGGUGAGAGGGAAGUUGCCUUUGUCAUGACAGAGGGUAAGAGGGACUGUUUCAGUAUUUUAGGUCUUAGUGAGCCAUAUAAACACAACAUAAUUACAAGCUAAGGAGUUAAGAAUCUAAAGGGUUAGUUCUCUCUCUGUAAACAUUCAUGAUUAAUGCCAGUGGGUCAUUGUCUCUUGGAAAGUCUCAGAGCACAUUGCCAAGGACACAUAAUUUUCUAGAAGCCUCUUUUACCAAUUCACCUGCCUUUAUAAAAACCUCCCUCCCUUCCCCCAACACUAGUUCAAUCAUUCAAUUCUCCCUCCCUUCCUUUCUCUUGGUUUUAAUGUUCUCUACUUGUAAACCCCGGGGCUGCUGAAUUUCCUUUUUAGUUGGCGUCUCAAAAUCAACCCUCUAAUGGUAUUACACCCUAAUAUGCCAUUAAAAAUCAGCUUGUUCUAGAACCAUGUAUUUUAUUUAGCUUGAUGUUUGUGCCGGUCUGUGGCUUGUGAGCCUCUGUAUCUGGAUACAGUGCCUGUAAGAAACGUUGACAAUUUCUGCUGUUUUCAACUUUCUAAGUCAAUGGAUUUGAAAACUGUUGGUGUUAUGGAAAUCAAGAGAGAAGCGUCGAGAAAGUGUACAUCUGGGAUUUUAAGGCAGGGUUGCAAGUUGCUUAAAGAGUUUGCCUGGUUGGGGACAGGGAGAAGUCACAGGAGAGAACACAGACUGGCUUCUGACAGUGUGAGGCUAUGGAAGGCUUCAGAUGCUGCUAUUAUGGUGAUUUGCAAAGUAAAGUAAUCAAACCAAAGAGUAUUCAGUGGAAUGUCAAUCAAAUGAAGAUGCAGUAGUGAGUGGGGCUGACAACCUGGACUGACCCCAAUCACAAAAAGGCUUGAGUUAUUUGAAAAG